CCAGUAUAACUAUCACCCACAUUUGCAUUACACAAACUAAUGUCAGGCACUCAUUAGGGUUGGAUGGCAUCAAGGGCGCCAUAAAAAUCACAAAUUUAAAAUUUCAGCUUUUACUGGGAAUCAAACCCGAGACAUUCAGCUUGAAAAUCAAGCGCUUUACCAAUUAACUUUUACGCCCCCAUAUUAAUGCUCAUAAUACAAAUAUUUUUGAAAAACACAAAAAAGUGCAUUUCCCUUGUUCACUCAAAGUCGCGACAACCACUUACCACCACACUUACAAAUAUUGAAGCUAUGUACACUAGCUGAUAGUAACUAUUUGUAUUACUAAAACUAGGGUCUAAUAUAUAAUACGUUUAUACAUACAUUAUAUGUAGCUAGUUGUUUCCAUAUCUCUUGUAUAACUUUAUAUAUGUUACUUCACUUUGGGAAAUGAUCUCCAGAGAUUUUGGGAUUCAGCUUUUCGUUUUGACUAUGGGAAUGACUUUUUCUGGUUCCUUUAUUUUAGAGUGCCCUCCAGUAAAUGAAGGUGCAGCUGCAAUUGUGAUAACGUAUUUUAACAGAAACUAUAAUUACAUAUUUGUAAAUGAAGAGCCAAGACUUUUUUAUUAUAGAAAUGACAUAAUGGUAGGUUACUGUGAGGUAGAUUCUGUCUAUGUCUGUAGAAAAAUAAUCCAAGGAACCAUUAAUGCAGAAAUCAAUUUCAAUAAGAAUUCUACUGAGGACCAAUACAUCAUCACUAUAGAAUCACGCACUACCUCAAAGCUGAGAAACAUGACAUCUAAGAAAUUCUACAACGAAGUAUGGAGAAUAUCCUUAGGACUCAAUGCACUAGACAGUAAAACAUGUGACAUUAAAUUCUAUGCUAUUUUUGACGAUCCAGAAUGUUUCCCGAACAUCUCAAUGGAGCAUUUUAUUUUAACAUGCUUUUUAAGAAGAGUAUUUCCCGAGGCAUUAUGUGACUUCGAUAUUAUACUUAAUAAUACUGAUAGUUUUGUAGGAAGUAUAGACUAUAAACAGACAGAGAUUGAUGAUGGCGCCUAUUACAAAACAUCCUGCACAUUAAGUGCAAUGACUAGUACAGAAAAUGGAAAAUAUCAGAUCACUGUGACUAUGUACCCCAACAUCAAUGGUAUUGUCAGUGAUAGAAAAUAUGGGAAAAGUAUCACAAUUUUUUAUCCAGAAAGGCUACUAGUUAUAAAAGAUUUAAAGAAAACAGUUCUAGACCUAAUUGAGAUGCUGGUCAAACAGACAUUGAAAGUUAGGACAUCUCUAGUGAUGAUGACGAAAACAUCCUGA